AUGGAAAAGCUGCUGAACAGGUUUGACGAUGUGGACCGUGAGUUGUUAGAACUUCAAAUGGAGCUGAAUGAACACCGCGAGGAAGUGGAACUACCACGUACCACGUCGCCAACAACACCGCAACCGACGACGACACCGCGGCCGACGGUUUAUACAUCGUGCAAGGAUGUACCAGCCAACGCAUCGGGAGUGUAUCACAUCCGCAUCCACAGCCUUACUGCGCCAUUUAAAGUGUAUUGUGAGAUGGAUUCGUUUGAAGGCGGUUGGAUUGUAAUGCAACAUCGCUUCGAUGGCUCGGUUGAUUUUUACCGUAACUGGGACGAAUACCGCGACGGUUUCGGAGAGCUAGAUAAUGAAUUCUGGCUCGGGUUGGAGCACGUUCACCAACUCACGACCCGUCAGAAACAUGAAUUGAUCGUGGAGGUUAAGGACUUUGAAGGCAACUACGGGCGACCGUCGCGGAAUGAGCUACAGUAG